AUGCAACGAGCAAGGUGCAUGCUGGAGAGGCGGGGCAAAGAAAAGGAGUUCAAGGACGUGACGGGCGUCAUGGAAGGCGUGCAGUCGUACUUUGACCGAGACCUGGCAGAUCUGGGCACUCGCACCUCUCGUACUCUAUGCUGCGUUCCAACUGCAUCUGUUGCCCAAGCAGCAGCCCAAGUCGCAGCCCAAGUCGUAGCUCAAGUAUUCUUUUUCCUGACGUGGCCACUCACGUACUUAUCGCAACGUCAGAAGUACUGGACGCUGGUGGACUCGCAUGUCCUGCUGGGAGCAGCGUCCACAGCUUUUCUGCCUCAUGUUGACGCUCCAGCAGCUUGUGGGGUUGAUGCAGUUGUCAAUCUACGUGAUGAGUACGCAUGCCCUAUGGAGCAGUACAAGAUACACCACAUCCAGCAGCUUCAACUGCCGACAGUUGACCACUUUUCGCCUUCACUUGAGGCAUUAACAGCAGCUGUUGCAUUCAUUUAG